GAGAAUCGCACGCAUGGUAUCAUUGCCGAUAUUAAAGCGUGGAACUUGCAAGACCCGUAGAGAGAUAUCCUGUAGAGGGGUUUUGCUUGGUCCGGUGGCCCCGUACCAUGCUACGGUGCAGUGGCUGGUUUUCGCCCUCUAUUGCAUUUGAAAUGAUGAUCUGAACCAUUCAUCUUCUCGAUUUUAUGCUACCUAGGCCAUACUAAGAAACAUUUGUUGAAAGGGGGUUAUCGCGUACAAAGAAACAUUUAUUGAAUGGUUCAUACUAUAUUCAGAUCCAAGAUUCAAAGGUCAGGAUAAGAAAUGAAGCAUGAUUAUAAUACUAUUUCUUGUAAAUGUCGUGAGAAAAAUGAAUGGUUGAGAUUAAUCUAAAGAUUGAUCUCCACACUCCUUUAAAAACACAAGCACCGGCACUUCGUCCAUUUCAAAUGAGCGGAGUAGGAGUCCGACCCCCGUCAUGGAUUUCCCACCGCAGGCUCUUGGAGCAGAAGCUCUCCGACCUCCAGAAACGCACGGACAUCAACCGUUUGAAACAAGUCCAAGCCCAGAUUUUCAAAGCCAACCUCCACCAAGACCCCUUCAUCGCUCCCAAGCUCGUCUCCGCCUUCUCUCUCUGCCGCCAGAUGCCCCUCGCUAUCCACGUAUUCCGACAGAUUCAAGAGCCUAACGUCCUCCUCUAUAACACCCUCAUCAGAGCCUUCACCCACAACUCCCUGCAUGGCCCCGCCUUCUCCGUCUUCUUCGAAAUGCAGCGGAAAGGCGUAUGGCCUGAUAAUUUCACUUAUCCUUUUCUCCUCAAGGCUUGCGUCGGCCAAUUCGCUCUUCGCCAGGUCCAUAUGAUUCACGCCCAGAUUGUCAAAUCGGGUUUUGAGUCCGAUAUCUUCGUGCCCAAUGCGCUGAUUGACUCUUACUGUAAGUGUAGGGGAGGUGUGGGUGAUUCCAAGAAGGUGUUCGACAAAAUGCCGGAGCGGGAUGUCGUGUCAUGGAACUCGAUGAUCACUGGGCUGGUUAAGUCUGGGGAGAUGUGUGAGGCUCGUCGGCUGUUUGAUGAAAUGCCGGAGAGGGAUACCGUGAGUUGGAACGCAGUGCUGGACGGGUAUGCUAAGGCGGGAGAGAUGGAUGUUGCUUUUGAAUUGUUCGAGAAGAUGCCUGAAAGGAAUGUUGUGUCUUGGUCGACAAUGACCUCUGGGUAUAGUAAGGCUGGUGACAUGGACAUGGCGAGGCUGUUGUUCGAUAAGAUGCCGGUGAAGAACUUGGUCCCUUGGACUAUAAUGAUUUCUGGGUACGCAGAAAAAGGGCUCGGUAAGGAGGCAUCCAGGUUGUAUGAUCAAAUGGGGAAGGCUGGGUUGAAGCCUGACGAUGCCACAAUCAUCAGCAUCUUAUCUGCUUGCGCAGAGUCGGGUUUCCUCGGUUUGGGCAAGAGGAUCCAUGCCUAUGUCGAUGGGACUAAGUUGAAGUAUAGCACUCAAGUGUGCAAUGCAUUGGUUGAUAUGUAUGCCAAGUGUGGGAUUUUAAACAAGGCGAUGAGAGUGUUUGAUGGCAUUGUUGAGAAGGAUGUGGUGUCUUGGAAUUCCAUGGUCCAAGGGCUGGCCAUGCAUGGAUGUGGAGAGAAAGCACUCGAGCUCUUCUCGAGGAUGAAGAGAGAUGGGGCUGCACCCGACGGUAUCACUUUUGUUGGCAUAAUCUGCGCUUGCACACAUGUGGGUCUCAUUGAUGAGGCCCGCCGUUACUUCUCCAGGAUGGAGAGGGACUAUGGGGUGGUCCCUCAGAUUGAGCACUAUGGUUGCAUGGUGGACCUUCUUGGACGUGGGGGGCAUCUAAAUGAGGCCUUUGAGCUCGUCAAAAGCAUGCCCAUGGAGCCCAAUGCCAUCAUAUGGGGGACCCUUCUUGGGUCAUGCCGGAUGCAUAACAAUGUGGCCCUUGCGGAGAGGGUGAUUGAUCAUUUGGUCGAAUUGGAGCCAUCGAAUGCAGGGAAUUACGCCAUCUUGUCUAAUAUCUAUGCUGCGGCCGGACAUUGGGAUGAUGUAGCUAAGGUGAGGCUACAGAUGAAGGACACUGGGGUCCAGAAGCCGGCAGGUUCUAGUUCAAUUCAGGUGGACGAUGUGGUUCACGAGUUCACAGUCAGCGAUAGAUCACAUCCUCAAUCCUAUAGAAUUUAUAAGAUGAUUGAUAGAUUGGGGCAGCAUCUUAAGCAUAUUGGUUAUGUUCCAAAGGCACAUUGCUGAAUUUUAAUGCAACAGUUGCUUUUCUCAGGACCAAGAACUUAGAUGGUUUGGUCAUGUAAAAAGAAGACCAGGAACUGCACAAAGUGAGAGUUAGUUGGUUCAAGUUGAAGUUGUUAAAUGGGCAAGAGAGCUCAAAAGGACGUGGGUGGAGAUAGUAAAAACCGAUGACUUAUGGUUUAACUGUGGAUAUGGUCCUUGAUAGAGUGGAAUAGCAUAACACAAUUCAUGUAGCAGAGCUCAAUUGGUUGGGAUAAGGCUGGGAUGAUGAUAAUAAUUUUCUCUGAAGUCAUUUUAGAGAGACUCUCUUGAAGGAAUACAAUAUAGUAUGUGUAUAUUCAAUACCUAGAUCUUGGCAAAUGGUAGGUUGUUUAUUUUUUGUGCAUAAUCUCAUCUUUAUAUAAUGAGAGUGGCCAGGGGCAAUUUUUUCCA